AUGGAAGCGAGCUUCCGAAAGCUUCCGAGAGCUUCCGAUUCCGAUUCCGAUUCCGAAGCGGGAAGCGGUCAUCGGACGAAGCUUCCGUGCUACGUAGAGUCUCACCAAUUCAGCUGUCGUGGAUGCCUCAACAUUCAAAUUGGCAAAUGCAUUUUCAACCAUGGUUAUGGGGUGAUUGUUGUUCAUGUCCACAUAACCAUGGUUGAGAAUGCAUUUGCCAAUUUGAAUGUUGAGGCAUCCACGACAGCUGAAUUGGUGAGACUCCGGGAUCGAUCAAAAGAGAUUCUUUCAAACAUCAACGAGGAAGAAAAAAGGCGCAACAACAACAACUAA